AUGGGAUUCUUACUGUCAUGCAGACAAGCCUACACUGAAGCUAUACAUGUCCUGUACUCCUCCAACGUGAUCUGCAUUCAUAGCAAGCCGCUUCUUCUUCACCUACCCAAACUUAUGCCCUCAGAGCGCCUUGCAUCUAUUGUAUCGCUCGAGAUAAUGCUGGAACCGGAGUGGAUAGUCAAGGAAGAUGACAUGUUACUACAUGACUUCGAUAAAGUCAAGCCGGUCCUCGACAACAUUGCUCAACAUUGUCACCAACUACGAAGUCUCUGCAUUUCCAUAUUCGUCGGCAGCCAGCAAGACAUUAUUAUCGAUGGUCCGGCCCUGCCCAUGAUUGACGACUUCUAUCGCGCCAUGCACGCACAGCUGCGCGACAUGAGAGUGGAGGUGCCCUUUCGCACUUACCGCGCGUGUACGGUGACGCCAUGCAGCAACUCCCAUCCUCUCGAAGUGCCUGACAAUCAAACAUUAUCGAAAUCAAUAUGGAGGGCACUGGAUGGCGAGGAGGCUACUAAUCAGUUCCGAAGCCUGACAAACUUUCCGAAGCCGCCACUAAGACUACCGAUAGCACACGACGUGGACGAGCGAUCAUUGAGCGCAGGUUACUGGUUGACUGAUGGUGAUAUGGCCUACAAAAUCAUGGCAGGAGGGUACCUGUAA